AUGGCUUCUUCUGCUAAAAGGUGGCUUCCGCUCGAAGCAAACCCUGAAAUCAUGAAUCAGGUUCUCUCCGUGGAUACUCCUUGCUUCCUUUGGGGACUUGGGCUUGGAGAGGACGAGGCAGAAUGCUGUGACGUUUAUGGCUUAGAUGAAGAGCUUCUGCAAAUGGUUCCAAACCCCGUUCUUGCUGUGCUUUUUCUUUAUCCCAUAACCACCCAGGUUGCAGCAGGAAAAGGAAAAAAAGGUGAGUUGAUUUUNUCAUGUUCACUCCUUUCUGAGCCUCCUGACAUCAGAAACUGGUUUUCCAGCUAUGUUUACGAGUCACCUGAGUUUGAUACAUGUAGUAUUUUAAGAGAUGAAGUUUCUGAAGAGAACCACUGUGAGAAGUUUGAUUUUGAAGUCGUGAAAGCAGACGGAAGCAAGCCUGCCAAUGGCUACUUGAAAGGGUGUGUUGAGCACAAUGACUCCUCUAAUAAUAAAACAAAGGGUGAUGAUUGUGCUGAAGUGAAGAAAAAUUCAACUACAGUUGACACUUAUCAGAAAAAGAUUUUGCAGCCAUGCAGGCAAGUUAGAACAACGCUGCAGCAUAAACAUGGUCCAACUAAUUACAAGGAGACGUUAGAUCUGAAUCACACAAGGCCUCAUUACGAUCGAGAAGGACAUCCAAUGUCACUGGAUACCGAUAAAAGUGCUACGAAACCUCCAAAGCUGCUGCAUAAGAACGAUUCCCAAAUAUCAAACANAAAGUCAUAA